CCAGGACGUUGUUAAGGGGAAAAUGAAGGCAACAUUCAAGCAUAGACAGAAUAUGCUACAUGAUCUGGACCAGUCAUCACUCAUCUUGGAUCACUUCCCAAGAUUCUUGGAUACACCAGGCUUGAUUGAGCAGGACUUCAUCAUGCUCUUUGGAGAAGACAUCUUGGGGAAGUUUGUUGCAAGAUGGCCAACGUUCUACAAACCAAAGGUCAUCACUGUCAGCAAAAGCCUUGGACAGAGCGUUCACCUGGAUGACCUUCUGUCUGCUCAGGAGGAAUCAAGUGAUUAUGAAUGGGACAGUGACUUGGCAGCCAUUCUCCUGCUGGUUCAUCUCUUGCCUCCAACCGUCAAAGGGAAGAAACAUGUAAAAGUUAGUGCAGCUGAGGCAGCUGAUCGUGUUGUGAAGUUCAUGAAGGUUGGAACAAGCAUGGCGACACUCCUUGGCAAAGUUGGAUCUGCACAGCCCUUCCUCCUCUGUUGGAGAGAAGAAGAGCAGUUUUCUGAAGUUCUACAUCAUCCUGGAUCAGAAGCCCAUUCCUUGUGCGCACAGACUGCAGUGGCUGCCUUCGAUGAACUUUUUAAGGCACACUUUGUGUUUGCUGUGUCCUACGAUGCAACCCUCCUCAACUUCUACACAUUCAUCCAAACAACAGUUUAUGGGAUUGAUGCGGCAACAGCAAAGGAGAGCCCCAGAGUCGAGGAAAUCAGAGUUUAUGCAUGUAAGGGAACUGGCUCAGCUCUGCCAAUCCUCUCUUCUCACAUCCCACUGUGCCGCUCCACAAACACCACAUUUGCCUGCUGUCCUCAACCCAUGGAGAGUACACGCCCACCCAGAUAG